AUGCCACUGAUGAGAGUAUGGAUUGCAUCAUUACUCUUUUAUUUAUCGGUAUUUGCUAUUUGCGAAUUACUGCGUCAUAUUAUCAACCAUUGGCUGAUACGACGUUUACCACGUUUUAUGAUUGGUUUACUUCUUGAAUUCAUUGGUACAUUACAAGUCUGUACACCCAUGUUUGAUGUCAAUUUGAUUUUGCAAACUUAUGGUUUAUUUGGAAUUUUUAUCGAAAUAACAGCAAUUGAAAUUGCUAAUACUCUUUUCCUACGUGAUGCUAUCGCUCAUCCAUGUCCAUUGGUAACAACAGCUUCACGUAAGCGUUUAGCAUUACGUACAGCAUUUUUGGUUUUUGGUGUACAACUUGCAGCCGCAUAUUUAUCCUAUUUCUUUGCUCGAACAUUCUGGAAACUUCGUCUUCAUCCAAUGCAUGAUCAAUUGUUAAUUGUAGAUCAUUGCGAAGCUGAUCUUACAGCAACUUUAACAGCCGGUUCACUCAUCGAAGGUUUAGCAACAUUUAGUAGCAAAGCAGUAGAAUUCUUCGCUAACGAAUGGUAUGCAAAAUCAAGAGCGCAAAUGCUUAUCAAUUGCAUGUUUGCUGGUUUUCUAACUACAAUUGGUAUUAAUUAUACGGGCAUGUAUGCAAAUCCAAUUGUUGCUUGGGCAUGUACAUUUAAUUGUACAGGUGUGACACAUCUUGGUCAUCUUACUGUGUAUUGGUUAUCACCAUUGAUAGGAUGGUUUCUCGCAGAUGCUGUAUUUGGUGAGCAAGAAUGUAAUACUGAAUGCUUCACUGAAGGAGAAGAAGAGAGUAAUUUGAUAAAAGUGAAAAAUUCUUGA